GUUAGGUUUCACUUCUUCUUUCCUGUGUAAUUGAAAUAGGCUGUGUGGUGAAAAGCCGUUCGUGAAAUUUCUUUGACUCUGUAAAUUACCACAGAGCUUUAGGUAUCGGAGUCAAAAAUAAUGAGCAGGACAAAGAAGCUUACAUGGGCCGAUGUACGUGCAGUUGGAUUGGAUUUUCUAGAGCUGCUGGAAGAAACAAAUAGGAGAUCUAUAACAGAUAGAGCCAAACUCAAAUACAUAUACAAUGAAGAGUUUCGGAACAGGGAUGGUGUAAAAGAUCCAAACUUCUUUAAAGUCCUCCUUGCACUGCAGAACUGCAACAAAGCUCACGUCAGCAGAUCAGGACGCGUUUACUUCAACGCCAAUGUCAGGAGGAGGUUUCAUGACCAGUGGUUUAGACCCUAUUGCAAAAGCAACAACCAAACUAAGCCCAGUCAAACUAAUGGUAGCUCACCAGCACCUUUUAGUGGCCCGAAGGCCACCGUUCCAGGUCCAGAGGGUGGAGUCAAAGGAAGAAGAAAACUUGCAAAAGAAAUUCUGCAACGACUUAACAGUACAGACAGGUCUGUGUUUAUAGCUGAUAAGUUUGGGGUGCGGGUGUUUUCAGAGGUGCCGAUGGAGGAUGGCAAGAUUCAGAUCUGUGUGGACAGAGCAGAGGUUUAUGAGCUGAAGCUGUUUGUGGAAAACACUGGUCAAGAGGUUGUGUAUUUCACAUACUACACACCACUCCACUGGCUGCAGUGUUUUACUCUGGAAGACAGCAAAAAAGUGACACGCGACAAUCCGUUAUGUUUGAAACCACGUGAGCAGUAUGAAGUAACUGUGAGAUUCAAAUCCAAUCAUGUUGGAGUUUAUUUAGCUACCCUGGCAUUUGAAUUCAAGAAAAACACCCAAGCCAACACACAACCCUUUCACAUUGUGCGAUUCAUCGAAGCUGUGUACAGGACUAAGCUUGCAACCUUACUAGGCCCCGUUGAGCCAUUUAAACCCCUACGGCUUGACACUUUUGAACAAGAAAACUGCACUGUGGAUGAAGGUGUUCCACCUGAGGGUUUCGAUCUGAACUUUCUGAAAACUGUAAUGCCACUGGGGCAGUACACACCUCCCGUUCACAUCUCUGAGCUGGCCAAGAUGAAAGACAACUGUACAUCCUGGAGCCUUAACGGAAAGUUUCAAGAACUUAAGUCAUUACUGCAGAGUAAGCUGGAGUUUGAAAACUAUGCAGAACGCUUUGACUUACUGCUGUACCUGGAGGAAUGUCAGAUGCAUGUUGACAUCAAGAGAUAUAACAAAGACAAUGUCACCCUAGUGAGGGACAAAGAAGACAAAAGACUGAUGGUGUUAAAUCUUCCUGGUGUGUCAGAAAACCGACCAUCUGUUCUGAGAGGAGAUCAUCUGUUUCUCACCAAGAGUGAGGAAGUCUUUACCUCAAAUGUAAUUAAAUACAAGGGCUACGUCCACAGUGUAGAACUGGACAAGGUCAAACUGGGCUUCUCAAAAAGGUUCCUUGACAGUUUCAUAAAUAAAAUGAAAUUCCGUGUAGAGUUCGUGGUUAAUCGUCUACCAAUAAGACUGCAACACAGAGCUGUACACAUGGCAGUCCAGCACAACCUUAGAGAUGUGCUAUUCCCUGUGGGGUCAAAGGACAUGACCCCUUUGUCUCCACCUUCUCUGAGACUCUUUGAUUCAAAGCUGGAGUGGAACCAUGAACAGUACACAGCAGUAUGCAACAUUGUGGCUGGUGUGUCCAAGCCGGCACCAUACUUGGUGUUUGGUCCUCCCGGCACUGGCAAAACCGUUACUAUAGUGGAGGCCAUCAAACAGGUAGAGAAGAAUGUAUCUGGUGCCUGUAUUCUAGCAUGUGCUCCAUCGAACAGUGCCGCUGAUCAACUUUGUGAAAAACUGAUCAGCAGCCAACAUGUUGACAAAGCCAAAAUCUUCAGACUUUAUGCCAGUUCACGCAAUCUAAAAGACAUCCCUAACGCCAUAGUGAAAAACAGCAAUGUGGAGGGGAACAUGAUUGUUUUCCCAUGUAAAGAGGAUCUUAUGUCAUACAAAAUCCUGGUCAGUACGCUGGUUACUGCAGGCAGACUGGUCAGUGGGGGAUUUCCUGUGGGUCAUUUCACUCAUAUUGUUGUGGAUGAAGCUGGACAUGCUAUGGAGUCAGAGCUCAUAAUCAGUGUGGCAGGACUGUUGAAUGCUGAGACUGGACAGCUUGUUUUGGCAGGAGAUCCCAGGCAAUUGGGCCCAAUUCUCAGAUCUCCUAUUGCCAUUAAUCAUGGCCUUGAUGUCUCUUUGCUGGAAAGGCUGAUGACCCAGAACGAUCUUUAUAAGAAGGAUGAGAACAUGGAAUUUGAUAAACGCUAUGUCACCAAACUGCUUCUGAACUACAGGUCUCAUCCAUCCAUUCUGAAAGUCCCUAAUGAGUUGUUUUAUGAUGGGGAGUUGAAAGCAUGUGCAAAUGAGAUCAGCUCUAACCAAUACUGCAAUUGGGAACACCUGCCCAAACAAGGAUUUCCUGUCAUCUUCCAUGGAGUGCCUGGGAAGGAUGAGAGAGAGUCAAACAGCCCCUCAUUUUUUAACACCUUUGAAAUCGACAUCAUAAUGGGAUACCUGGAGAAACUACUCCUGACACAGGCCAAGAAGGGUAUCGCUAAAAUCUCCCCCAAAGAGAUUGGCGUUAUUGCUCCCUACCGAAAACAGGUGGAAAAGAUCAGGCAGGCCAUCAAUACACAUGAAGAGAUCCAAAAUUGUAUGAACAUUAACAACCUUAAGGUUGGAUCUGUGGAAGAGUUUCAAGGCCAGGAAAGGAAAGUGAUCAUAGUGUCAGCUGUUCGGAGUAGUGGGAAAUUCAUCAGUUUGGAUGAAAUGUUUAACAUUGGGUUUCUCAAGAAUGAGAAGAGAUUUAAUGUGGCAGUGACGAGAGCCAAAGCUCUGUUCAUCAUGGUAGGAAACCCCAUCAUUUUACGGACAGAUGCAAACUGGGGCAGGUUUAUUGAUUUCUGCACCGAGCAGGGUGGUUACAUUGGAUUUCAUUUUACCAGUGUAGAGAGAAUAGAGGAAGUUGAAGAGCGUCUGCUUGCUCUUAAUAUCCAGGAGACCAGUGUGGAAACAGAAGAAAGUGUCGUCCAACAGUAUCUAAAUCCUGAGUGGAGACAUGAACACUAACAAAUUGCCAGAAUUUCUUUGAACGUCUCCAGAAACUCUUCCCUAACCUGGUCACAUCCCAUUCACUUCUAAAGCGUCAAUGGAUUUAACUUGCACUAAAUGAUGUAAUAUUCAAACAUGAUUAAUAUGAUGUUUAGAUAGUAAACAUUUUAGCAGAUUUACAGAAAAUAUAUGAAUUUAUAAUUUAAUGAAUCAAAAUUAUGUGAAGAUUAUCAGAUGGACAAACGGUUUUACACCUUUCACCCAUCUCCCACUGUUGUACAUGUGAUUAUUUGGCCCAUCAGAGUUUUUAAAGUGCUUUCUUUUGUUGAAUACUAUCUACAGCAGCAGUUACCUUCCUGGACCAUAAAUCUUCCUGCUCCAGGUCACCAGCCUUCCCUUAUAGACUUCUUACGUCUCCUAUUGUUUCUUUUUGGUUUCAAACACUUUAGACCAUUAUAAUGUGAUCAGAGAAUUUGCAGCUUCUGGCUUGAAUUUUACUGUAUAUAGUCUUCUUUCCUUUUUCUAGUCUGUUAACCCUGAUUUUGUUUUAAUCCUAAUAAAUAAGCAUUAUUUAAUACAUUUUUUAAUUAUAUAUUUUAAUAUAUU